UUUUUCCGACAGAUCAGUUUCUCUCAAAUGGUCCACUGAUUUGUGCUGGUUAAAAAUCGGAAGACUUGUUGAAGAUUAGAAAUAGAUUCUAAAACAUUUCGAAAUAAUGGAAUCCUCCGCAACUCCAGUCGGGAAUCAUUCUGGAAGGGUUGAGAAGAAGGGAGCGACUUCCAUGGGAAAAGAUGCAACGGGAAAUUCUGGGAUGGAGAAGAAUGAGAUGAAUUUUUAUGGGCAUGAAUCGUCGGACGAGAGGCUUCUGCUCGAUGAAUCACCGUCCCAAGGAAAAGAUGCUAUGGGAAAUUCUGGGAUGGAGAAGAAUGAGAUGAAUUCUUAUGGGCAUGAAUCGUCGGACGAGAGGCUUCUGCUCGAUGAAUCAACGUCCCAAGGAAGUGAAUCGAUCGGUGAUACGCAUUCCGAUGAUGAAAGCGAUAUCUCUUUCAAUUUGGACGAUUCAUUCGACGAUUUGGUCAUGGUUUAUGACCUUGUUGCAUCUUCUGGUGAUUAUGAAUUUGAACGGAGGUUCGUGACGCGUGAGGAGUACGAAGAGACUUACGGAAAUGGAUGGAAGGACAGUUCGUCUUCGGUUCAUGAAAAUGAAACCCAAUCGAAUGAAGAUGAGUCACCAGAAAAUACCUCUUCAUUUGAAGGAUAUGCUAAAAAAUCGAAAGGAAAUGAAUCGAAAGGCGAUAUGCCUCUCGAUGUUGAAAACGAUACCAAUUCUAAUGACAAUGAUUCUGGAAUCGAAUGCUCCGUCUUGCUUUAUGACAUUCUUGAAUCACCAGGGAAUUUAUCGAAGCUUGGAGAAAACGAAACGACAUCCAUUGGAAGUGGAUCACCGGAGAUUUCGCAAUCCGAUGCUGAACAUGAAACUAAAUCCAGUGGGUUUGAAACGACGGAGGAUCCAUCGCCGGUAAAACAACUUCAUGCGGAAUCCAAUGGCGGAAAAAUCUCGAAGGAAGAAACACCUUCCAAAGUGGAAUACAUUCAUAUUUUGAAACAUCUGGCCUCUGCCAGAACUCCUCGACAAAGCAUUCAAAGAUUGGAAAUGCUGUGGGGUCAGAAAAUUAAUUCUGAAAAUAGUUGCCUGACGUUUUUCUCCACUCCUGUCGAACACGUAAAUAAGAAACGGAAACUUAUAGUCAAUAGUCAUUGGAUCCUUCCGUUGAGCAUGUAUUCUGCUUGCAACAAAAUGUUGUCACACGUGUUACCUGUACUCAGGUUGCAUCUCAAAUCUUGUCGAGAAACAUCAAUGUUUCAAGAUAAGUCAAGGCAGGUUAUGGCUAAGAAGGAUCAAAUUUGGGCCAGGUUCAGAUCUGUUGAAGCGCAAAUCUACCAUUCCCCUUAUUUGAAACCAUGGGAGAAGGAUUCUCAUCGCCAAGAUGCCGUCCAGAGAAUGAACGAAGAAAUUAAGCGGGUAUCUUUGCCUAAUGAUGGGAUUGGGGAACAAAAUCGAUUGGAUAAGCUCUGGGAGAAGUACUGGAGCGAAUGCAAGGACUGGAGCCUGCUGAAUCCCAACAUGGAAGCUGGUUUGCUUCCUGUUGAACAAUUUCUUUCGAAUGAUCGUGCUGCGAUGCUUGCUGAAAAUUUUGGCAUUUUAUAUAAGGCCACGCGGUGAAUGUAAUGUAAAAUGAAAGUGUAGCGGGGG